AUGUCUUCCCAAUUCACUCUUCAAACUACCCUGCCUCUGCCGAACUCGUCGGUCAAGAUCCCCGCCCUCGGUUUUGGUGUCUACCAGUCGCAUGGUCCUACUUGCAAGAAGUCGUGUUUGACUGCUCUCGAGGCCGGCUACCGUCACAUUGACAGCGCGCAAUACUAUGCCAACGAGCAAUUGGUCGGUGAUGCUGUCAAGGAGUCCAACGUUGACCGCAAGGACGUCUUCAUCACCACCAAGAUCCUGACCCCCGGCAAGGAUGAGGAGGAGACAUACCAAUCACUCGUUGAGAGCGUGAACAAGAUUGAUCAGGGUGGCUAUGUCGACUUGUUCCUAAUCCACAGCCCUAGCUCUGGUCCUCAGGGUAGAAAGAACAUGUGGACUGCUCUUGAGAGACUGUACAAGGAGGGCAAGACCAAGGCUAUUGGAGUCAGCAACUUUGGCAAGGGUCAGAUUGAGGAGCUGAAGUCGUUUGCCAAGGUCUGGCCACCGCAUGUCAACCAGAUUGAGGUAUGUCAAGUUUCAGAUGUACGAUUGGUUUGUGGUUUGCUAACAAGCCUUUCAGNNCUGCACCCCUGGAACCAGCAACGUGUGGCUGUUGAGUACUGUCAAGCCAACAACAUUAUCGUUGAAGCCUACUGCCCCCUGGUUCGCAACCAGAAGGCCGAUGACCCCACGCUGAACUCGCUGUCUCAAAAGUACAAGAAGUCAACCGGUCAAGUUUUGAUCCGUUACUGCUUGCAAAAGGGAUGGGUGAGUUGUUACAAAUAUCUGUUUCUCGAUUCAAAAAGCGAUGCUGACAUGCUUCUCAGGNUCCCUCUCCCCAAGAGCGACACCCCCAGCAGAAUCAAGGACAACGCCGACAUCUACGACUUUGAGAUUAGCAAGGAGGACAUGAGCAAACUUGACGAUCUAGACCAGGGCGCUGCAGGUGCCAUCGUUCAAGCCGUAGACAACUAG